GUUCAACACCGCCUCACAGUACCGUAACUAUUAGAAAACUGGCAAAUAAAACAAACAAAAAAAGUCUGUUUGUUAUAGCAAUUAUUUAUACAUUAUUAUUUAUGGUUUAAGAUACUUUCAUAGUAAAUUUACAACUAAUAUAGAAAAAUAAUACUUUUUUUUUUUUUUAACGUAGGAUUCGUAUUAAUGCAGUGCUUUAUGUAAGAUACUGUUUUCGUAAUAGUCCGCUGCUAGUGUUUGUUUGCAAAAAGUGCAACUCAGGAAAAAAUAAAUUACUGCGGUGCUUGCUUCAUUAACUUAAUCCUACAGUCUGAAAAUUCGCAUUUAAAAUGUUAACAGUCAGUCUUACAGUGUUUGGAACAUUGCAAUCUAGCUUGUUUUCGCUGAGAAUUGCAAUGGGUUGCAGAGAGGUCAAAAGCAGUACUGUUCGAUUUCUGUCUCUUUUUACAAAACGCUGUCAGUGUCAACUGAAGGAUGUGCAAGGGACUGCAAUGCUGACAAACAACUUUGUACAAAAAGGACUAUUGGACAGGUUUGGGGGAGUCACUGUCCAUGUCAGUGAGCAGGAUUUCCCAGCCGACCUAAAUAUAACAACAUUUGAGGGACUUUUGAAAGAUUCUCUAAAGCAGUGGAGGGCUGAUGGCAAAGUGGCUGUGUGGCUGCGUAUACCAAUCCUCCACAGCAGGUUUAUAUCUGCGGCAGCCUCACAGGGCUUUGCCUUUCACCAUGCCGAGCAUGACUGCUCCACACUCACCCUGUGGCUGGGAGAAGGGCCUAGCAGGUUACCAGGAUUUGCUACACACCAAGUGGGAGUUGCAGGUGCUGUUCUAGAUGAAGCAACGGGUAAAGUGCUCGUAGUGCAAGACAAGAACAAGACUAAAAAUGCCUGGAAGUUCCCAGGAGGUCUGUCUGAUCCAGGUGAAAAUAUAGGAAACACAGCUGUCCGUGAAGUUUUUGAAGAGACUGGCAUACAGUCAGAGUUCCAGUCCCUCUUGAGCAUAAGACAGCAGCAUAACCACCCGGGGGCCUUUGGCAAGUCGGACAUGUACAUUAUCUGUCGCCUUAAGCCAUUGUCGUUUGACAUUAACUUCUGCCGUCAGGAGUGUCUCAGAUGUGAAUGGAUGGAUGUAGCUGAACUGGCCAGGACUAACCACACAACUCCCAUUACUAGCAGGGUAGCCAAACUCUUGCUGUAUGGACACAGGGAGGGCUUUGAUAAAAUUGAUCUUGCAGUUAAAGAAAUCCCAGCUGUUUAUAAAGGACUGUUUUAUCAACUCUAUCACAAGGAGUUACCAGAGACGUAUGAAAAUAUAUGUUGAUAAACAAUGAGUGAGUGAAAUGGUACAAUUAAUGCAUUUUAAAAGCAUGUAUUUCCAAUAUAAACAGUAUUCAUUAACUUUUCCAGCAUAGCGUUCCUAACUACUGUAUCAGGGGCCUUGUAACGUGUAUAUGCAGUAAAUAUAUAAAAUCUUGCCAUUUUCCUUUUAAUUUUGUUAAUACGUUUGAGGGAGCUUCUGUUAGAUAGUUUGCUCUUAUAAAAUGGUUCUAUAAAAGGCAUUUACCAUGUCUACUAUAUUUUAUUCACAUUGUUUUAAUUUUAAGUCUAAUAAAUCCUUUAGUGUUUUAUAUUUA